GUGUGUAGGCAGCGGCGCCAGAGGAGGAGGAGCACAAGGAUGCAGCUGCGACCGCGGCCCGGAGAGGGAGCCGCCGCUGCUCUGUGGCCGCGGGGGCUGAGGGACGGGAAUCAGGCCUGGGGGUCGGGUCUCUGAGGGGGCCGGGGGCGGUGGUCCCGCCUGAGCUCUGGCCUAGUAUCCCAGGAAGGUACUGGCCGCUGGGCGAGGGCCUCUUCCCCAGUGCCUCCUCUGGCUCCUCCACGUCGAUGGUGGUGAAGUUGGCGCCAGGGAGCGCAAGGCACCAGGCUGCCUCCUUUGCACCCAGCUCCUCCUGGGGCGCAUCUCUGGCCCCGGCUCACGGACACCUGCGCCGCCAUCUCCUCUCGCCCGCUGAGCCCACCCCUGGCGGCGGGCGGGGGAGGGGCUCCCUUGCAGGGGCUUUGUCCAGCAGGGCGACGACGGGGACCAUAGGAGAGAUAGGGGGACUGGUAACAUCUGAACAUACCAAACCAAACAGGCAAAGACUUUCACCAUCACUACCACCACAUUUUACUACAAAGGAAUAUAACUGUAUGUGGAUUCCAAGCAGGCUAAAAAGAAAAAGAGCUGAUUAGACUUCAGACUGCCCACUGAAUGGGGAUGACGGCCACAGCUGCAGUGGGGACAUCAAAAAUGGAGAAGAGUUCCUCCAAGGAAGAGAAACAACAAUCUAAGCAGGACAGGAUGGAGCAGAGCAAUGCUGAUUCUGAAGAGUGGAUGAACUCUGAGAAUGAACCUGAACAGAUGAGCCUUAAGAACAGUAACAAUGACAAUAGCUACAGAUCUGGGGAUGCUCAGUUGAAAAAAAAGGAUAUUCCCGCCAAGCCACACCGUCAGCUCUUUAGAUCACCCUGCUUAGAUCAUCCAAGCUUCUCCCAGAGCAGCAUUCUACAGGAUAGGAAGCUUGACUUGGAAAAAGAAUACCAAGCCAAGAUGGAUUUUGCUCUAAAGCUGGGCUAUGCAGAGGCACAGAUUCAAUCAGUAUUGAACAAGCUGGGCCCAGAAUCACUUAUUAAUGAUGUAUUGGCAGAGCUCGUCAGGCUUGGGAACAAAGGCGAUUCAGAAGGGCAGGCCAGUUUGAGUUUGUUAGCACCUAGGGGUCCCAGCUCUAGAGAGAUUGCAAGCCCUGAACUGUCUCUUGAAGAUGAAAUAGACAACAGUGAAAAUUUGAGGCCAGUUGUCAUAGAUGGAAGUAAUGUGGCAAUGAGCCAUGGGAAUAAAGAAGAAUUCUCCUGCAGAGGAAUACAACUUGCUGUGGACUGGUUUCUAGACAAAGGCCAUAAAGAUAUUACUGUAUUUGUGCCUGCAUGGAGAAAGGAGCAAUCCCGUCCUGAUGCACCAAUUACAGAUCAAGAGAUUCUACGUAAACUGGAGAAAGAAAAGAUUCUUGUCUUCACACCAUCCCGAAGGGUCCAGGGCAGGAGAGUUGUCUGUUAUGAUGACCGGUUCAUAGUCAAAUUGGCUUUUGAUUCCGACGGCAUCAUUGUAUCUAAUGAUAACUACCGAGACCUUCAAGUUGAAAAGCCAGAAUGGAAGAAGUUUAUAGAGGAGCGGUUGCUGAUGUAUUCUUUUGUGAAUGACAAAUUUAUGCCUCCAGAUGAUCCUUUAGGACGCCAUGGCCCAAAUCUUGAAAAUUUCUUGAGAAAGAGACCUGUUGUUCCAGAGUACAAGAAGCAACCAUGCCCUUAUGGCAAAAAAUGCACUUAUGGCCACAAGUGCAAAUACUACCAUCCGGAGCGGGCCAACCAACCACAGCGUUCGGUGGCUGAUGAGCUCCGCAUCAGUGCCAAACUGUCCACAGUGAAAACCGUGAGUGAAGGCACCCUGGCCAAGUGUAGCACAGGGCUGUCUAAUGCCAAAGGUGAAAUAACCUCCGAAGUCAAACGUGUGGCCCCCAAGCGCCAAUCGGAUCCCAGCAUCCGGUCCAUGGCUGUGGAGCCUGAGGAAUGGCUGUCCAUUGCCCGUAAGCCUGAGGCCAGCUCUGUCCCCUCACUUGUGACUGCCCUAAGUGUCCCCACAAUCCCACCCCCCAAAAGCCAUGCGGUGGGUGCACUCAACACUCGUUCAGCCAGCAGCCCAGUGCCAGGAUCCUCUCAUCUCCCCCACCAGAAGGCCUCACUGGAACACAUGGCUAGUAUGCAGUACCCUCCAAUCCUGGUUACCAACAGCCAUGGGACACCUAUUAGCUAUGCUGACCAAUACUCAAAGUUUGAGUCCCUGGGGGACCACAGCUACUAUUCAAUGUUAGGCGACUUCUCCAAACUGAACAUCAACAGCAUGCAUAAUCGAGAGUACUACAUGGCUGAAGUAGACCGAGGGGUGUAUGCCCGGAGUCCCAACCUCUGUCCUGACAAUCGUAUGAGCCAUACCAGGAAUGACAACUACUCCUCUUACAACAACCUGUACUUGGCUGUAGCUGAUGGCCAUCCUGAAGGCAAUUUAAAGCUGCAUCGCUCAGUAUCUCAGAACCGUCUUCAGCCUUUUCCUCAUGGUUACCAUGACGCCUUAACACGAGUGCAGAGCUAUGGCCCAGAGGAUUCCAAGCAAGCCCCCCACAAGCAGUCAGUUCCCCACUUAGUUCUACAAGCCCAGCACCCAGCAACUGGAGCAUGUUCAAGCUGUCCUGGAGACUACCCCAUGCCUCCUAAUCUCCACCCUGGGGCAACCCCCCAGCCAGGACGUGCUCUGGUAAUGACUCGGAUGGACAGUAUUUCUGACUCCCGCCUCUAUGAAAGCAACCCAAUGAGGCAAAGAAGACCUCCCCUGUGCCGGGAACAACAUGCCAGUUGGGACCCAUUACCCUGUACAGCCGACUCCUAUGGCUAUCACUCCUAUCCCUUGAGUAACAGCCUCAUGCAACCAUGCUAUGAGCCAGUCAUGGUACGGAGCAUGCCUGAAAAGAUGGAACAGCUUUGGAGGAAUCCUUGGGUUGGAAUGUGCAAUGAUACCAGGGAGCAUAUGAUCCCAGAGCACCAGUAUCAGACUUAUAAGAACCUCUGCAAUAUUUUCCCUUCAAACAUCGUCCUUGCAGUGAUGGAAAAGAAUCCCCACACAGCAGAUGCCCAGCAACUGGCAGCCUUGAUUGUUUCUAAGCUUAGGGCUGCACGUUGACAUGACACAGGACUUAUUCCUUUAUACAUAUAUAAAUAUUCAUACUAAUAUAGCAUCAAUGCUAAAAUAAAAGUAAUAAUUUUGUGUUGCGCUUUACAAGUUAUAGUGUUUCUGUCAUUUGAAGCGCAAAACAACCCUGUAAAGUAAAUUUUAAUAAUCUUAUUUUCUAUAAAAGGAAACUGAAUCUCAUUGUGAUUAAGUUACUUGCCAAGGUUACACUGCUAGCAAGUGACCAAAUCAGGAUUCACACUCAAGUCCUCUGACUCCAAGUCCCAUGCUUUUUUGCUCGGCACCAUGCAGAUAAUGGAGGACAAAACUCAUGAGGAGAGAUCUAAAAUCAAGAAACUCCCAAAGGAUUCCAUUAUCAAUGUUUUCUUAGUUGCACAUUCUAUAUUACAAAGUAUUGAUAAUAUUUCUAAUUUAGAGAGCAAGAGCAUCUGGAUCAAAUCAUAUGUUGAAUUUACCUUUUGGGAUUUUUAAUAGGAUAUUUAAAGCUUUUAAAAAGUAAAUACGUAAUUUAUUGCAUGAAUAUCUGACCAUUCAAUAUCGUAACCAAGCUAUAGGGUCACAUCAAAGCUCUAGACCUAUAUUUCAAACCUAUUGUUAGCAAUUAUAUUGCAUGCAUAACUGUAUGUAUUUAGUUUGAGAUGUUUAUGUAUCCCCAUAUAACCUUUUAUAUA